CGCGAGCCCCCUCUUUCAGCCAAUCCGCGUUCUGUAUACAGCCAGACUCCGCCCCCUCAUCUGCAUCCCCCGCCCCACUGGAAUACUGAAAGCUCACUCGGGAUUCCAGUCCCGGGAACAGAGGAGAUCGCGCGAGCAUGUUAUUGGCACAGAAGAGACUUGGAUCACUUGUCAGUAGCACAAAAUUCCUGAAGACAGUUAAUUCUUCAAGACUCCUUGAAUUCUCUACUUCUGCUGCAAUGUCAUUGAAAUUCAAAAAUACAAAACGAAUCGAAGGACUGGAUAAAAACGUAUGGAUUGAGUUUACCAAGUUGGCGGCAGACCCCUCUGUUGUGAAUCUUGGCCAAGGCCUCCCAGAUAUAUCCCCUCCUGCAUAUGUAAAAGAGGAAUUAUCAAAGGUGGCAAUGGUUGAUAACCUGAAUCAGUACACACGGGGCUUUGGUCAUCCGUCACUUGUGAAAGCUUUGUCUUGCCUGUAUGAAAAGUUUUAUCAAAAGCAAAUCAAUCCAAAUAAAGAAAUCCUUGUGACAGUAGGUGCAUAUGGAUCCCUUUUUAAUGCAAUUCAAGGAUUAAUUGAUGAGGGAGAUGAGGUGAUAAUAAUAGUGCCCUUCUAUGACUGCUAUGAGCCCAUGGUGAGAAUGGCUGGAGCAACACCUGUCUUCAUCCCCUUAAGAUCUAAACCUGUUAAUGGGAAGAGAUGGUCUAGUUCUGACUGGACCUUAGAUCCUCAAGAAUUGGAAAGUAAAUUUAAUCCCAAAACCAAAGCCAUUAUACUAAAUACUCCACAUAACCCUUUUGGAAAGGUGUACACCAAAGAGGAACUCCAAGUCAUUGCUGACCUCUGCAUCAAAUAUGACACACUCUGCAUCAGUGAUGAGGUCUAUGAGUGGCUUGUGUAUACUGGAAAUAAGCAUUUAAGAAUAGCCACUUUUCCAGGUAUGUGGGAGAGAACAGUCACGAUUGGAAGUGCCGGAAAGACUUUCAGUGUAACUGGCUGGAAGCUUGGAUGGUCCAUUGGUCCUGAGCACUUGAUAAAACACUUGCAAACAGUUCAACAAAACACCAUUUAUACUUGUGCAACUCCUUUACAGGAAGCCUUGGCUCAAGCUUUUUGGAUUGACAUCAAACGCAUGGAUGACCCAGAGUGUUACUUUAAUUCUUUGCCAAGAGAGUUAGAAGUAAAAAGAGAUCGCAUGGUACAUUUACUUGAAAGUGUCGGCCUAAACCCCAUAGUGCCUGAUGGGGGAUACUUUAUCAUUGCUGAUGUGUCUUCAUUAGAUGCAGACCUCUCUGAUCUGAAGAAUGAGGAACCCUAUGACUAUAAAUUUGUGAAAUGGAUGACUAAAAAUAAGAAACUGUCGGCCAUCCCAGUUUCUGCAUUCUGUGACUCAGAAACCAAGUUACAGUUUGAGAAGUUGGUACGGUUUUGCUUCAUUAAAAAAGACAGUACACUAGAUGCUGCGGAAGAAAUCAUCAAGGCGUGGAGCAGACAGAAGUCUUGAUACGUGCUGACUUCAAUGUCUUAAUACUGUCUGUCAGGUCACACAGUAUAGAGUUAUUGGGUAGUGCUGCCACCUGCUGGGUAUUAAAGUACAGAUAUUUCAAUACAAAGAAAAUUUCCGUUAUUUUUCCAAAGAAGUUAACCUCGCUCCAAGUAAAAUUCAGGGGAAAUCA